AACUGGUUGUUUCCAAGAUAUAUUGAAUCAUAGAGAGGUGGAGAUUUAUAUAAUAUGGUAAAAAAAAAAAGAAAAAAAGAAUUGCAGCUGGUUCAAGGAGAGUGUAGUUUAGUUUAGCAAUAGAGCUCUUAAGCCAAGGAGAUGAGCAGAGAAUAGUUUAGAAGAGAAUGGGAGACACGGAAACAGCGCCCACGUUCCCCUCAUAUCUUAACUUGUUUCUUUAUGGCUUUCGGUUUCUCUCUCUCAUAUCAUAACCCUUCCCCUAUACACAUAUUGUUUUCUACCUAUUCAAGGAAUAAAUAUUAAAUGCCCUCACUCCACUUGUGAACCUCCAUAAGUACCCUUAUCUCCAUGCUCUACUCUCUCUUGAUCAAAGCUCAAGGAGAAUUUCAACACAAGUCUUUCCAUGAUCAUGGGAUACCAAAAGCCUGCAUGGUUGGAAGCUCUUUACACACAAAAGUUCUUCGUGGGGUGCUCUUACCAUGAGAACGCCAAAAAGAAUGAGAAGAAUGUUUGCUGCUUAGAUUGUUGCACCAGUAUUUGCCCUCACUGCUUGCCAUCUCAUCGCUUCCACAGGCUUCUUCAGGUUCGCCGUUACGUUUAUCAUGAUGUUGUAAGGUUGGAAGAUCUUCAGAAACUCAUAGACUGCUCCAACGUUCAGGCCUAUACUAUCAAUAGUGCCAAAGUGGUGUUCAUCAAGAAGAGACCUCAGAACCGGCAAUUCAAAGGGUCGGGAAAUUACUGCACUUCCUGUGAUAGAAGUCUCCAAGAGCCUUUUAUCCAUUGCUCCCUUGGAUGCAAGGUGGAUUUUGUGCUGAAACACUAUAAGGACCUCUCCCCUUACUUAAGGACAUGCAACUCCCUACAGCUAAGUCCUGAUUUUCUGAUCCCACAAGAAAUGGGGGAUGAGGAGAUGACUCGUUCAACGGUGGUGGAUUAUGAUGAACCAAUGAGCUCAAGUUCGGGAUCAUCAGGGUCAGAGAAUAACAUGAGCAUGGCUUGCACAGAGAUUGUUAGGAAGAGGAGGAGUGGAUGGAGCACUGUGUGUGCAAAGUUUAUGGCCAAUAGCAAUAAGGUUUCGGAUGAAGACAUGGCGACUAGCAUGAGUAGAAGAAAAGGAAUUCCUCAUAGAUCCCCUCUGUGUUAGCUACUACAACACUAAUGAAUGAACAAGCACCCCCCCCCCCCCAACAAAGGAAAAUAAUGGAUUACCACUUACCAGUUUAGUAGUACUUCAAUUUUUAAUUUUUUAAUUACUACUACUUAUGAUAUGAUAUUUUGACUGAGGUGAAAUGUUCAAAGUUUUCUCUCUCUCU